AUCUGCUCUCGGGAACUCGCCUUCUGAAGGUUUUCUCCUCUCUCUCAACCAUUGUCGCUCGUUACACAAUCGUUCACCAGUCGCUCGUUACAGUCACUCGUUUUUUGUCACUCGUUGCACGCCUUGCUCCAAAGUCCCCUCCCUCUUCACCUCAACAUAUCCCCUCGACCAACUAUCAGUACAUAAUCAAGAGAACAUAGCAAAAUGAAGGGCCUUUUCGCUUCGGCCGUGCUGCUCGCAGCAACGGCUCAAGCAGGACUUGUUCCUGUCUCAUCGGCUGUCUGCUUGACAAACGCCAUCGUCGCCACAGAGUGCUCUGCCACCGACAACACCUGCAUCUGUACCUCGGAUGUCUUCUUGACCGAGCUCGCAGAGUGUGCCGAGACCACUGCUGCUGAUGAGGAGCAAGCUGAGCAGAUGGUCACCAUCGCCGAUGCCUUUUGCGGUUCCAGCGGUGCUGAUGUCAAGGGAGACCUGAGAAAGCGUUGGGGAGGUCAAUGGACUAACUGGGGCAAUGGUAAGCCCUGGGGAGGUCGCCGACCCGGUGGAAAACCCUGGGGUGGACGACGACCACCUUUUGGAUUCCGACCUCCUUGGGCCAAACCAGGUACUCCUGCUCCCGCUCCCGCACCCGCACCAGAGCCAGCCAAAGAUACUCCCUCGCCACCAUCGUCUCCUUCUCGCCCUCCCUGGGCUCGUCCAGGAUGGGGCCGCCCAAACAAGCCACCUGGCUGGGCCACCUGGACCAAGCCUUCUCCAGUCAACCCUCCUCCUCCGGUCAACACCGUCUGGUAAACAGAUGGACCGAUUGCCUCGACCUAGUCACUUUAUUGAAACGUUGUUUGCCAUGGCAGCGCGACGGGUCAGGCUUCCGCCUUUUCACUUCUUUGCUCUGACGAUUUCCACCUCUCCAACUUGAAGGACCACCCUUUUUCGAUCAACCAAACUUUUGGGUCAAGCGGAGAGGCCAUGCCUUGUUUUUGUGUGUGCGACAGCGCGGAAACAACCUUUGCGAGUCUUUACGGUGUUUCGGGUAAAUGUGGUUACGAUAAUGGACAGACUAUAGACAAAUCUCUGAUAAGGAUUUUCCCGAACACCAAUGGCUCAGUCAAUUUAUGGUCACUUCCAAGGCGGUUACUAUCCCGGUCGAGGGCACUCCCCUCGACUGGACGGUAUGUCGUCAUGAAAUGCCUGAUUUAGGACCAUUAGAUCCUUGGACCCUGAAUUCUUUUCUUCAGUAUAUCUUGUAAUUCACCUCUUGAAGCAAUGACAGGACUAUGCAUUUGAUACGCAACGUCCAUGUAGGCUUCUCUGGUGACAGCAGUGGCUCACGUCUAUGUGGCCCGUGUGACUAUGACAGGCUUGACAGCUUGCUUCUACCGUUUUCGCUCGCACGCAU